GAACAGACUGCACCUCAAAUCACCACAACUCAACCACCAUUCAUUAACCGAAUCACUACCGCAGCACAGUUAUCAUUUAUCAGUCGAAUCAUCACUACAACACGACCACCGUUCGUCACUCGGUCCAUCACCAACACCGCGCAUAAUUACCAUUCCGCGCACGACGACGACGGCGACGACAACGACGACAACGAGAAUUGGCCCAGGCGACGUCGAACCAGCGUUAACAAUUUUCCCAGCACGUCCUCGUUCAUCACUGAUAUUCGCACGACCUCAAACAAAUUCAAGUACGCGUCGAAUUCCAUCGAGGUUGGUAACGACUACAUGCUGCUUCUAAAAUCGAAGCUAUCAUGUCAGAAAAUGAUUAUAUUUAGACAACCCGAUGAUGAGCUAAUAUUACGAUCAAUUUCUCGUGCACAUCGUCCACCACAACGUAUAGUCUCCGCUGAAAUCGUCUGCAGAAGCACUGCAUUUCUUCAAGGAACCUUUGACUGGGAUAUGGUACAGUUUUCGUUUCGAGGGUUUUAUAAGUCGUCAACUUUGAUGACGUCAACUGAGCGAACCUCGCGCACAACUAUUCGAAAGCUUGUGGAAGAACUAGAUGUAAAUGUGAAAACAGCAUCGAACCACUUCGGUUGA